UCAGACAAAUGAGUAUUUCCAAAGAAGAAAAUACUAAAACUUCAAAAUAUAUUCAAUUAAAUUGGCAUUAAUAUAACCCAAAUAUUAAUGUUCAUGCCACUGUAUCUCAAUCCAUUGUUCCUGUCAGAAGUGUGGGUGACCAAUUGACCUUUGAUGAAUAAUUAGGGUAUUUGACCACAUCUUUGAGUAGCUGUAGAAAUGUUCUGGAAAGGAAUCAGGAGGAUCAGAUUUGCAGGUUGGUCUAUUUUAGGGCAUGCACUGUUGUGUACAUUCAUUAUGUUCAUCUCUUCAGUACUGAGCUCGUUGUUCUCUUAGCCUAUCUAGCAUUUCACCAUAUUAACAUUUUCUUUUGCUUUGUAUCCGUAUUCAUGAAGGAAUGUAUCUCAAGAUGUGAAGAUCUACAUAUGCUUCACUAGACCCUAAAUGUCUUUGGGAGAAUUCCUAACUCUUAAUUUCAACAUUAUCUUUAUGCUUAAAUAAAGAUGGGUGCCGGUGAAUAUAUUGGUACUGUACCUACCACAAUCAGCCUCCACAUUCAUGUCUUCAUGUCUUUUGUGAACACCCAGACCACCGUUCCACCAACAUGAGGAACCACACAUUGCUGAAUGAGUUCAUUCUACUGGGAAUACCGCAGACAGAGGGUCUGGAGCCUGUGCUCUUUGUUAUCUUCUCAUUCAUCUACCUCUUCAUCCUGCUUGGAAAUUCACUCAUUCUUCUAGCCAUCGUUUCUUCCUCCACCCUUCAUAACCCCAUGUAUUUCUUCUUGGGACUCCUGUCUAUUUUUGACAUGUCGUUUCCAUCUGUAACCUGUCCCAAGAUGCUAUUCUAUCUCUCUGGCCAGAGCCGAAUCAUUUCUUUCAAAGGAUGUGCUGCACAGCUCUUCUCCUAUCAUUUUCUGGGUUCUACCGAAGGCUGCCUCUAUUCUGUGAUGGCUUAUGAUUGCUUUGUUGCCAUCUGUCACCCACUUAGGUACAUGCUCAUCAUGAAACCUGGAGUCUGUGUGGGUUUGGUGAUGGCAGCGGGGUUGGUGGGUUGUCUUCAGGCCACCACCUUGACCUUCUUUACCUUCCAGUUGUCCUACUGUGGCCCCAAUCAGGUGGAAUAUUUCUUCUGUGACAUACCUGCUGUUUUACCCCUGGCUUGCACUGACAGUGCCCUGGCACAGAGAGUGGGUUCCAUAAAUGUUGGCCUCCUGGCUUUCAUGCUUCUGUUUAGUGUUUGUGUCUCCUAUGCUCACAUUGGGAUUCUCAUCUUGAGAAUCCAUUCAGCAGAAGGCAGGCAGAAAACGUUCUCCACCUGCAGUGCACACCUCACUGCAAUCCUGUGUGCCUACGGACCAGUAAUCGUCAUCUAUCUGCAGCCCACACCCAAGCCCUUGCUUGGUGCUGUGGUGCAAAUAUUAAAUAAUAUUGACUCACCCAUGCUGAACUCCUUAAUAUACUCUUUAAGGAACAAGGAAGUGAAAAGGUCCCUGAAGAAGGUAUUCUAAAGUGUUGUACUUGCUGUUGGGGAAUAA